AUGAAUGACGUUACCCUAUGGUAUGUUAAUUUCUUAACUGUAUGCACUGCUAGCAUCACCCUAUCAUUUUCUUACUGUUAUCUAUGUGUAGGUUACAUCGGAGAAUUUGAGUACGUCGAUGAUCAUAGGUCCGGAAAGAUUGUUGUCGAACUGAAUGGAAGGCUAAACAAGUGUGGUGUCAUUAGUCCUUGCUUCGAUGUUGGAGUCAAGGAGAUUAAAGGAUGGACUGCUAGAUUGCUCCCUUCCCGACAGUUCGGGUACAUUGUGCUGACUACCUCAGCUGGUAUCAUGGACCAUGAAGAGGCUAGGAGAAAGAAUGUUGGUGGAAAAGUUCUUGGUUUCUUUUAUUGAGUCAUGUUGAAAAGGAUGAAAACUUUGGUUUUGCUGUUUGUUGGCUCGUUGUAACAGACCUUUUUCUGUUUUU